GGUCGAGCCGAGCUGGACCUGCACCUUCUCCCAGGCAGAGCUCCGCGACGCCGCCGAGGGCGCUGAGGAGGUCGAGGAUCUGCCGAAUCUGCACCUGGAUACCUCACGCGUGACGGACGAGCUCGCUCUGAUGCUGCAGGCUUCGGAGAAUGGUGGGAAGUGGCUGCAGAGACUUCUCUCCAGGCGGCUGGAGCGGGGAGCGCUGGGAGCGCUGGGAGUGGGCUCAGGCGCUGGCGGCUUUCGGAGUGAGACGCUGCCGAUGGAUGCCACUGACGACCUGACCCGGAUCCAGCUUAGUGAGCACCUGUGCCUGCUCGCGCAUGUGGACGUCCUCAACGAGAUGCCGGGCGGUUAUCCCCUCGGCUUGGGCAACUGA